CGCGCAGGUUGAGAACCGCGUGGGCUUAAGAAGCGCCGGGAGCGGAGCGAACGGGGCCGAGGCAGCAUGGCCCAGCCGCGCUGCCGCUCCGUGCUCAUCACCGGCUGCAGCCGCGGCAUCGGGCUGGGGCUGGUGCGGGGGCUCGCAGCCGCCAGCCCCUCCCCGGAUUUGGUCUUUGCGACCUGCCGGUACCCCGAGAAGGCGCAGGAACUGCAGCAGCUCAGCAAGCAAUACAGCAACAUCAAGCUCCUGCAGCUGGAUGUGGUCUGUGAGAACAGCAUCAAGAAAGUGGUCAAGGAAGUGGAAGAAAUUGUGGGAGACAAAGGCCUGAACUGCCUCAUCAACAACGCUGGCAUCAACGUGCUCGCCUCGCUGGAGGAAGUCACAGCAGAGACCAUGCUCACCAUUUAUGAAACCAACACCGUUGCCCAGCUGAUGGUCACCAAGGCGUUCCUCCCCCUGCUGAGGAAGGCAGCCCAGCUGGGCACUGGAAUGGGCUGUCACAGAGCUGCCAUCAUCAAUAUGUCCUCUCUCGCUGCCUCCAUGCAGCUCGUCCAGGCAAAUGAGAUGUUCCUCAAGGUCUAUCCCUACAGGAUAGCCAAGACUGCACUGAACAUGAUCACCAGGUGUCUCGCUGCAGACUUGAAAUCGGACGGGAUUCUCUGCAUUUCCUUGCACCCAGGCUGGCUUCAGACAGACAUGGGUGGAAACAUGGCUCCCAUGCAGGUGCAGGAGGCUAUCCCAGGUAUUCUCUCUGUUCUGGACCGUCUCGGUGAAAAAGAAAAUGGUUCUUUCCUAGACUGGCAAGGGGAAACUCUACCGUGGUAGAAGUGCACAGAACUCUACAGGAACAGCACAUCAGUCACAAUUUAACCUUGCCACUGCUGUCUGUGUCUCUAGGGUUUUCUUACACACUCCUUGAAAUAGCCAGUGUGAUGCUGAGCCUCUCUCUAGGUGUAUUUGGAAAGCAAGGUGGCUGAGUCUUUCAUUGGUACUGCUACUGCUCUGCUCUAAUGCUUGCUGCAAACACUACUGUGCUCUCGGUGAUGGGCAUCUCCUGGAACCCUCAGAAAUGGAUUAAAACCUGCAAGUUAAAUCCGGGGGCUGGUGGUUCCUUUUCACUUCCAAAACCAAGGUGGGCUUCUGGCUCUCUGCAGAAUUAAAUGACCUGACCUCAGAGUAAGGCCAGUGUAGGCUGUCAGAUUCCAGUAUGAUCCAUUCUCUCCAGAAAAAAACUCCUUCGGUUUCCUUUGUUCCUAACUGAGCCAAGGCUGAAAUUGCCCAGCUCUAAACCAUGGGAAUUUGGUACUUCUGUAAAUUCUGUGGCAAACUCUGAGUGUCCCCAGGUUGCCAGUGUACACCAGGCACUUGCUUUGUUCCCAGUGGGUGACUAACAGCCUGAUAUGGGGGUGGGAAUGUUGUUUUGUACAUAAACUUCUGAAGUGUCUUCAAUAAAGUCUUGAUUAAACAGUC